CUCACAGCGGAGGGGGAGGGCGCCUUUCGCAUGGAGCCGCUCGGUAAGUGAGGGCAGCACAGCGCUGGGCCCUGUGAUGCAGCACUCGUGUGCGGGCGGGCCCCCCUGCUAGGCGCUGCCCGCGUUCGGCACACGGGGCGGCGGAGGCGCGGGGCUUGGCCCCGCUCCAUGGAGACCAAUGGCAUCGCUCCCACCCACCCCCACCGGCCCCGAGCCCGCCGGCACGCACAGCCGCACGCUUCAGCCCACCAUGGCACCGCCGCCGCCAACGCCACCGCCGCAGCUCCGGCCUUCGGCGAGUGGAAAGGUAGAAGGCCAGCCCAAUGGUGACACAAUCCCAGCUGAGCAAGCCAACCCUUCAGAUGACACUGUUGCUGGUGCUGGGAGUCGUCAGAAUGAUCAGAUAGUGCAGAAAAUAGAGGAAGUGCUCUCUGGAGCCCUUGAUACAGAGCUGCAGUGCAAAUCAGAUGUGGACAAAAAUACUGUGAAAAAUAGUACUCAGUCUACAAAAAGAAGCUCUACUGCUGAAGAUGAAAUUCCUAGGAAAAAAUCAAAGAAGAACAAGAAACACAAAAGCAAGAAGAAGAAGAAAAAGAAGAAGAAAAGAAAGAAAGAGAAGAAGCAUAAAAAGCAGCCAAAGGAGUCAAAGUUGAGUACACGUCAUGGAGAACAUGCAGACUUGCAGCCUGCUUCUCUCUUGAUGCCAGAGAAGUCAAGCUCCAAAUUGAGUGUACAGCAAGGAGGAUUUGGAGAUGCAAAUCUGGCUGUCCACGUGCAGCCAGAAGAACUGUGCUCAAAAGCAAGUGAGGAGCUUGAUAGACAAGCUUUAGGACUUGUUUCUCAUUCAAGAACUGAUUCUCCUCAAUCUACGGAAAAUCUUGGAAGUGAGAAGGGGACUUUGUGUGUAACAAAUCCUCCAUUUAAUUUAGAAGGCAGCCAAUCGGAUAUCCAAGAAAAUGCUAGUAUAACUCAAACUAAAAUUUGCACUAGAGAAGAACAAAUUAAACAGUCUCACGAAAAUAUUUAUCCCAUAGGUAUUAAUGCAAGUGAAAAGGGUGUUCUUGUUGAUACUGGAAAUGACGCUUCAUCUAGCAUCCCAUCUGGAGUUGCCAGUAAAUCUGAAAAUCAGAAAGAUUCAGCAGCAACUCUAGCUUCAGAAGUAAUACAAGCACUAAAAGGUUCAGAAGUUAUUCUGAAAUCUAAAGACACUGGGGAAGUAAAAGCUUUGGAUACAGCUCUUGAGUCUGAGACCAUGGAGGUAUUGAAAUACUCAGAAGCACCUCUGCAAUCUGUGGCACGGGAGGGAGCAAAAGAGUUAGAAGCACCUUCAAAAUCUGUGUAUUUGGCAAGUGAUGUGACAACAAUUCCUAAAUCUGCAAAUCAGGCAGAUCUGAAUACUGUGAAGGUAACUCAUGUGUCUGUGGCCAUGGAAGAAGUGAAAAUUCCAGAAGCACCUGAAAAAUCUCUGCAUAUAGGAAAUGUGGAAAGAUCUUUGGAAUUAGGAGAUGUGAGCAGAACUUUGGAGCCAGCCCUGAAGCCCUCGAUUAUAUCUGAUAAUUUGAGAGUGACACAGUGCAGCCCCACAGAGGGUUCAAGUGUCUUGAAGGCAGAUGUAUCUUUGCAGCAUCCUUUUAAAAUUUCUGCAGCGACUGCUGUGACCCAGCUGGAAGUAAAAAGUGCCAAAAUACCCCUGGGACCAGGAGCUGUUACAAAAGUGAAGGAUGUUGAACCAGCUAGAAGCUCUACACAUAUGGAAAAUGUGAAAGCUUUGGAAGAAGCUCUGCAGCCGAUUGGUGUAGUAAAGCCCAAAACUUUGGAAACAAUCAUGGAACCUGUGGGUAUUGUAGCAAGAGAUGUCAAAGCAGCUCGAGAAUGUCUGCAAGCUGAAGUAGUUAAAGAUGUGGAAGGUAACAUUGAUCCGGCAACAAUGCCGAAUGCAUCAGGAUUGCUCCUACAACCUGAAGUCUUGACAGAAACAAGAAGUGUGGAUAGAACCCAGGAAUCUGCGCUUCCAGCAGAACUGACAGAUGUGAAUGUGGUUGCAGAGGCAAAAGGUUUAAGAGCAACUUUAGAACCCAUAGCAGUUGUGCAGACCGUUGUUCCCCGAACAACUCCGGAAAUUCCGAUGGCGGAGGGUUUUAGAGGUCCACGAGCAACCAUGGAAGUUGCAGCACUAACAGGAGUAAAAGGUCGAGAAACAAGUCAAACUACUCUGCAACUGGAAAAUACUAAUGCUUCAAAAAUUUCAGAAUCUACUCUCAAGCCUGUAGCUGUAGCAGAGGCAAAACAUUCAGAAGGUACUUCAUUGCCGAGAGAAUCAAGAUCUGGGAGUGAAUUGACUGUGAGAGCUUUGGAAGCAACUCCCCUGUCUUCGCAGCAAGAAGAUGUGAAAGGUCUAGGAGGAGUCCUAAGACCAAUGGCUGUGGUGGAAGCAAAAGCUUUGAAAACAGCUUCACUGUCUUUGCAAAUGGAAGGUAUGAGAGCUUCAGAAGCAGCUGUGUGUUGUGAGACUGUGGCCAGAGGUUUAGCAGCAACACUAGAUUCAACAGCAGUGUCAAAAAGUCCAGAAAUAAAUUUAGAUAGUAUGACAGGAGUAGAAGCAGGCUCAGAUGCUGGUCUCCUAGCUAUGAAAGUCAGAUCUAUGAGAGCAGUGAAAAGUUUGGAAACAACUAUAGGACCUGUAGCAGAGACAGAAAGGAAAGAUUCAGAGGCAGACCUUGAGAGAGCCAGGACAGAGAUGAAGACAUCUUCAUCACACAUGCAUGUGAAAGGUGUGAGAGACUUAGGAGAUCCAGCAUCUGUAGGUAUGGCAAAGGUACAACCUUUAGAAGCAGUCAUGCAGCCUGGAACCCUUUUAGAAGAAAGGUCAGAAAGGACUCCUGAAUCUGUCAUUGCGUAUGUAGGCAUGGAACCGGUUAGAGAGUCUGAUGCGUUAGCAGGAAUGACGCAUUUGAAAACCACAGCAGACAGAGAACCAAAACGUGCAGAAAUGGUUGCAGAACCUCUUGGUGCAAGCAAAACAAAGAGUUCCAUCAUUUCUCAGUCUCAAGUCAUGACACAUACAAGAACCUCACAGACUGAGGUGGUAGGGGAGAUAAAGGAUUCUGAACUAGCUACCAGUUCUGCUUCUGUAGAAGUCGGAGGUUUAGGCAACUUGUCGAAAGUUGAGGCAGUUGCAGAGGUAAAAGAUGUGGAAGCAAGAUCAAAAACUUCACACGUAACACAGAUGAAAAAUUUGGAAAUGGUUGUGGGAUCUGAAACAGGGACACUGAUGCAAGGCUUGGGAAGGACAUUGGCAUCUGAGGGGGUUGGAGAAAUGAGACAUUCUGAAGUUUCUCCAGAAGAUCCAAAUAAAGCAGUACUAGAACCUGUGCAAACAGUGACAGUGCAAACUUUAGAAACAAGUUCAAAAUCUAUACAGCAACAAGUAGGCCAUUCAGAAGCAGUGUUAGAGUCUUUGUCCAGAGUGGGAGAAAAAACUAUGGCAUCAGAAAUAGUGACAGACGGGAGAAACUUGAAGGGAACUUUGGAAUCUAAGAUUUUGACAGAUGUGAGAACUCAGGGACCUACUGUGGAAUAUAUAAUUGCAACAAGGAGGACAAGCACAAAAAGAAAUGAGCCCUUGCAUAUCAAUGUAAAAGAUUUGGAAGAAGCUUCAGAAACUGAGACGGCAAUGAAAGCAAAAUACUUGGAGCCAGCGUCAGAAGCUAGAGAAGUGAGAUUGUUGGAAAGUAUGAAAGAGUCUGCAACAGUAGAGGUGAAAAGUUCUGAAACAGUCAAAGAGCCCGAGGUACACAUGGAUAUCCAAGGUUUGGAAACUUCCCAAAAGUCUGGAAAUGUGGGGGAGAUGGAUGUUUUAGAGGGUGCUUCAGAAGCUGUUCCAGAACCUUUGCAUGCUGAAAAGCAGGAACAUCUGCAAGCAGUUCUGCAGCAGGUUUUGCUUCCAGAAUGGAAGAGUAAAGAAGAGGCUACAGAAAUCUUGAGUGCUGCUGAAAUGAAAUCUUCUGAAGCAUUUCCAAAACCAGGGGACGUGAAAGAUCUAGAAAAAACACUAGAACAUGAAGUGGCAGCAGAAGUACAGUAUGCAGAAGGGGUGCAGGUUCAACAAAUGGAGGAUGCGAGAGUUCCAGGUGAAGCUCAAGAAUGUGAGAUACUGGUUGAGAAGGAAGAUGCAGAGCAAACUCAAGCAUCUGAGCCUUCACUAGCAGAAACAGUUUCUAGUGCUUCAUGUGCAGCAGAUGAAAAAGAUUCAGCAGGGACUCCUGAAUCUGAAAUAAUCAGAGACACAAAACAAUCGGAAGCAUCUACAUCUCAUGUGGCAGAAACAAAAGAUUUGGAAACAGCUCCUCUUCCUGAGACUGUUGUAGAACUGAAAGAUGCAGAAGCAGCUGUGGGGUUGGAGGCAGAGACAAAAGAUUUGGAAGCAGCUUCGGUACCUGAGACUGUUACAGAAGCAGUUCCAGUACUUGUGGCAGAGGCAAGCCAGUCAGAAGUCAUUCCACAGGCUGAGGCUGUCAAAGAAGCAACUCCAGAACAGGAGUCGGAGAAGAGAGAUUCGGAAACAUCUGAUGUGCAACCUGAUGUGGCGGCACGAAUGAGGGAGACUCUAAUGAGACUUGAGAAAGUUAUUGAAAAAAGUAGCCACAGAAGCAGUGAUAAAAAACAUGAUGCAAAGAAGCAAAAAAGGAGUCGCUCCAAGUCUCAGUCCAGGUCUAGGAAGCGGAAGAAAAAAUCCAGGUCGCGUUCUGCUUCCAGACGUUUGACCUCUAAAAGAGCACGUUCUAGGAGCAGAAACUAUUCAGAUUCCAGAAAAAAGCAUUCCAAAUCUAGAUCCAGAUCUGUGGAGAAGAGAGAGAGAAGAGUGUCUUCCCGGAGGUCCAGGCGCAGACGUUCCAGGUCGUCUGACCGUUACAGGUCUAAAUCCAGAUCAGCAGAAAAGAGAGGGAGCAGGUUGUCCUCUGGGAGGUCCAGACGUAGACGUUCCAGGUCUUCUGACCACUACAGAUCUAAAUCCAGAUCAGUGGAAAAGCGACUGUCCUCCCGAAGGUCCAGACGCAGACGUUCCAGGUCUUCUGACCGCUACAGAUCUAAAUCCAGGUCAGUGGAAAAGCGACUGUCUUCCCGAAGAUCUGGACGUAGACGUUCCAGGUCAUCCGACCACUACAGGUCUAAGUCCAGGUCAGUGGAAAAGCGACUGUCCUCUCGAAGAUCUGGGCGCCGACGUUCCAGGUCUUCUGACCACUACAGAUCUAAGUCCAGGUCAGUGGAAAAGCGACUGUCUUCCCGAAGAUCUGGACGCAGACGUUCCAGGUCUUCUGACCGCUACAGAUCUAAGUCCAGGUCAGCGGAAAAGCGACUGUCUUCCCGAAGAUCUGGACGUAGACGUUCCAGGUCAUCUGACCACUACAGGUCUAAAUCACGGUCAGCGGAAAAGAGGGGGAGCAGGCUGUCCUCCUGGAGAUCCCGUCGCAGACGUUCCAGGUCCUCUGACCAUUCUAAAUCUAGAUCCAGGUCUUCAGAAAAGAGAGGAGGCAAAGAAUACUCAUGGAGGUUCAGACAUAGGGGGUCUGGUUCCUCUGAUCGUUCGAAAUCUAGGUCGAGAUCUGUUGAGAAGAGAGGUCGGAAGGCAUCCCUGCGGAGAUCUAAACGGCAGCGCUCAAAGUCCUCUGACCGUUACAAGUCUAGGUCCAGAUCAGUAGAAAAAAGAGAUCGAAAGCAAUCAUCGCGGAAGUCUAAACGUCAGCGCUCAAAGUCCUCUGACCGUUACAAGUCUAGAUCCAAAUCAGUGGAAAAAAAGAAGGAGUCCUCACGAAAAUCUAAGCGCCGCCGCUCAAAAUCUUCUGAACGUUACAAGUCUAGAUCUAGGUCUGUUGAAAAAAAACGCAAGGAAUCUUCAAAAAAAUCCAAACGGAAACGUUCCAAGUCCUCUGAUAGUGUUAAGUCAAGGUCCAAAUCUGUAGAAAAAAGAGAGAGUAAGUUAUCCUCAGUAAAGUGCAGUAGCAAGCAUGUGGAGUCUUCUGAACUUCAGGAGUCAACCAAAUGUCUUGAAAAAGUAGAUGUUCCUGAACCUUCUUUUGCAAGUGAAGGCAGCUCCUCCAAAUCCUCUAAUGGUCCCACGUCAGUAGCUUUGUCUGUUGAAAGAAUAAAUGGCCCAGAGCUGCCGCCAGCAUCUGAAAGUGGAUUUUCCAAAACUUUUGAUGGUCUUGAGAAAAGCUCCUCAUCUGUUGAAAAAACAGCAGGUCUGCAGCCUUCUGUGACUCCUGAAUUUGACAGCUCCAAAACCUCAGAUGACCAGGAAUUGAGAUCCAUGCCUGUGGAAAAAACACAAGUUUCAGAGCUUUCUGUGUCAUCUGAAAAUGGAUCAGCUGAAAAAACAGUAGCUCUGGAGUCUUCAUCACUAUGUGAACUUACAUACUCCACAUCCAAGUCAAGAUCCUCAUCUGUUGAAAAAAGGGGAGAUCCAGAAAAUUCUUCAGUAACAGAAUUUCAGCUCUCCACAUCCCAUGAAGAUGAGUUGAGAUCUACUUCCCUCAGAGAAAUAGAGGGUCCAGAGCCUCUUCCGACGCUUGAAAGUGGAUGCUCUGUAUCUUCUGACAAUUACAAGACAAUCUCCUCAUCCUCUGGAAGAGUGGAGGUUCAGGGGUCUUUGAUGUCUGAAAGUGUACUUUCUGACUUGGCUGAUGAUCAUGAAUUGAGACAAAUUCGUGUUGCAAAACCACUGUGUUUUGCGGUACUUGAAAGGGAAUCUUCCAAGUUGGUUGACAGCCCUGAGUCAAGGUCACUAUCUUUGGAAACAGUAGAGGCUGAAAAAUCUUUUCCAGCACCUGAAGUUACAUGCUCUGCAUUCCCUGAUGUCUGUGAGUCAGCCUCCUUGCCUGUUGAAAAGAGCCAGAUACAGGAGCCUUCUCUGGCUUCUGACAGUGGAUGCUUCAAGUCUCCUGAUGGACGUGAAUCAGGAUCCAGCUUUGCUACACAAAGAGAGGAGCUUCUUUUGAUGUCUGAAGGUGGAUCCUUCAAGUCACCUGAUGGAAAUGAACAAAGAUCUUUAUCUGUUGAAAAAGUAAAGGUUCCAGACGUUUCCCUCACAUCUGAGUGUGGUCCUGUCGAGAUCUCAGGUGACCUCAGUUCAGCAUCAUCUUUUGAAAAAAUGCAUGAAGUUGUACUCACAACUGUAGGACAAAGCUGCAAGUCUUCUGAAGUUCAUGAGUCCAGAUCAUCUGUUGACAAAGAUUUAGACGGUCCGACACUUCCACAAGUACUUGAAAUCGACUGCUCUCAAUCUUCUGAAAUGUAUGAAUCUAGAUACCUGCCUGCUGGAAAAAUAGAGAGUGUAGGAUCUUCUUUGAUGUCUAAAAGCGGAAUUCCUGUGUGCCAUGAUGUCCAUAAAGCAAAACACAAUUACAUUGAGAAAACAGAAGGUGCAGAACUGUCAUUGGCAUCUAAGCUUAGGUGUUUUGUCUUUGCUGAAGGCUAUGAAUUGACAUCCACUGCAGCUGAAAAAAUAGAGAUACAGAAGCCUGUUCUCCAACUGGAAAGUGAGUUCUCCAAGUCUACUGAUGUUUGUGAGUCAGUAAGCACACCUACUGAAAAACUACAGGCCUCGGUGACUUCUCUGACAUCUGAAGAUGGGCUUUUCCUGUUGCCCGAUAGUCACGAAUUGAGACCUAUCCCUGCUGAAAAAGUAGAGAUGCGAAAGUCAUCUUUGUCCUCCCAACUGAAAUGUGUUGUAUCCCCAGAUGGCCACAAGCUGAGAUCUGCCUAUGAUGAAGAAAUACAGGUGCAGGAGCCACCUCUGAUACUGGAAAGAAGAUGUUCUGUUUCCUCUGAUAGUCAUGACUUGACAUCCACCCCUUUUGAAAAAGUUGAGGUAGAGGAACCUUCUCAAAUGUCUGAAAAUGAAUACACAGUAGGACUUGAUGGCCCAGAGUUGACAUCAACCUCUGCUGAAAAAACAGAGAUGCAGGUACUUUAUCAGAUGUCUCAGGAGAAAUGUUCAGUGUCCAUUGAGAGCCAGGAGUUGGGGUCGCCCCCUGUUGAAAAGAUAGAAGUGCAAGAGCCUGCUCUGAUCUCUGAAAAUGAAUAUGCUGUAUCUUGGGAGGGCCGGGAGUUGAGAUCUAGCUCUCCUGAAAAGAUAGAGAUGCAGGAGGCUUCUGUAGUACCUGACAAUGAAUAUGCUGUGUCUGCUGAAUGUCAUGAAUUGCCGUCUUCCUUUGCUGAAAAAACAGACGUACAGGAGUGUUCUCUGCUGUCUGAAAAUGAAUAUGCUGCAUCUCCUGAGGGCCGGGAGAUGACAGCCAGCCCUGCUGAAAAAGAGGUGCAGGAGCCUUCUCUGAUAUCUGACAGUGAAUAUACCAUCUUCCCUGAAGGCCAAGGAUUACAAUCUACUCUUGCUGAAAAAACAGUGGUGCAGAAGCCUUCACUAAUAGCAGACAGUCAAUAUGCUGCAUCCCCUGAAAGGCAGGAGUUGCGCUCUGCUCUUACUGAAAAAACAGAGGUGCAGGAGUGUUCUUUGCUGUCUGAAAAUGAGUAUGAUGUGUCCCUUGAAGGCCAUGAUUUGAGAUCCAGUCCUGUUGAAAAAGAAGAAACGGAAGAACCUUCUGAAACAUCUGAAAGUGAAAGUUCAGUGUCCACUGAUAGCCAGGAGUUGCAGUCUACUGUUGUUGGAAAAACAGAGGUGCAGGAGUUGUCUUUGUCUGAAGGUGAAUGUACCCUCUCCCCUGAAGGUCAGGAGCUGCAGUCUAGUCCUGCUGAAAAGGUAGAGGCUAAGGAACCUUCUGUUACAUCUGAAAAUGAACGUGCUCUGUCCCCUGAAGAGUAUGAAUCAAGAUUGACUCAUGCCGAGAAAACAGAGGAUAUGGAUUCUUCUUUGACAUCUGAAAAUGACCAUCUUUUGUCUUUUGAGAGCCAGGAGGUAAGAUUCACCGCUCUUCACAAAGCAGGUGUUCGGGAGCUUUCUCCAACACCUGAAAAUGAACAUGCAGCAUCCCCUGAUGGCCAGGAGUUGAGAUUCCCCACUGUUGGAAAAGCAGGCGGUCUCGAACCUUUGACGCUAAACGAUAGAGCUUCCAUGUCCCCUGAUGACAGUGACUUGAAAUCCAUCCCUGUUGAAAAAAUAGAUGAUGCAGUGCCUUCUUCAAUGCAUGAAAGUGGGUGCUCCAUGUCUCCUGAUGGCUACAGUGUGAAAUCUGGCCCUGGUGAAGAAUCAGGGGAUCUAGACCCCUCUUUUAUACCUGAACGUAGACAUUCCACAUCCUCAUAUCAGGAAGGUUGUGAGCUGAAAUCUCCCAUGGACGAAGAGGGUCUAGAAUCUUCUUUGACUUCUGAACAUAGACGAUCUGUGUCCCCUGAGGGCCAUGACCAGAAAUCUACCAUAGAUGAAGAAAUGGAUGAUCUGGAGCCCUCUUUGACAUCUGAACAUAGGCGCUCCACGUCCCCUGAUGAGCAUGAGUCAAGAUCUAGCAUUGGUGAAGAAGGAGAGUAUCUGGAGCAGCCUUUGACAACGGAACGUAGGUGUUCCGUGUCUUCUGAUGAGCAUGAGUCAAGGUCUACCACUGGGGAAGACAUAGAGGAUGCAGAACCUUCCUUGACAGCUGAACGAAGAGACUCCACAUCCUCUGAUGAGCAUGAGUCGAGGUCUACCACUGGUGAAGAUGUAGAAGAUGGCGAGCCCUCUUUGACAGCUGAACGUAGACACUCCACAUCCUCUGAUGACCAUGAGUCAAGGUCUACAACUGGUGAAGAAGUAGAGGAUUUGGAACCUUCUUUGACAGCUGAACAUAGAUGCUCCGUGUCUCCUGAUGGACGUGAGUCAAGGUCAACCACUGGUGAGGAGGCAGAGGACCAGGAGCUCUCUUUGACAGCCGAACGUAGGCACUCCACAUCCUCAGAUGAACAUGAGUCAAGGUCUACCACUGGUGAAGAUGUGGAGGAUAUGGAACCCUCCUUGACAGCUGAACGAAGAGAUUCCACAUCAUCAGACGAGCAUGAGUCGAGAUCUACCACCGGUGAAGAGGGUGAGGAUAUGGAACCCUCUUUGACAACUGAACACAGACGUUCUACAUCCCCUGAUGGGCGUGAAUCGAGGUCUACCACUGGUGAAGAAGUAGAUGAUGUGGAGCCCUCCUUGACAGCUGAACGAAGAGACUCCACGUCAUCAGAUGAGCAUGAGUCAAGGUCUACCACUGGUGAAGAGGGUGAGGAUGUGGAGCCCUCUCUGGCGGAUGAAGAUAAACAGGAUUCUGUGCAUCUUGAGAGAUUGGAGGAACAGGACUCUUCCUUUAUACCUGAAAGUAGGCGUUCUGAGUCUUCUGAACGUGAAAAAUCUAGAUCCAAAUCUGUUGAUAAAAUAUCUGACAAAGAGUCUUCACGAAGAUCUAUAAGCAGACGCUCAAAAUCUCCUACUCUCCAAAAGAGUCGAUCCACAUCUGUUGAAAAAGCGGCAGACAAAGAGUCUUCACGGAGAUCUAGGCGUAGACGCUCCAGGUCCACUGCUCACCAGAAGAGUAGAUCCACAUCUGUUGAAAAAACAGCAGACAAAGAAUCUUCCCGGAGGUCUAGACGUAGACGCUCCAGGUCCACUGCUCGCCAAAGGAGUCGAUCGACAUCUGUUGAAAAAGCAGCAGACAAAGAGUCUUCCCGGAGGUCUAGACGUAGACGCUCCAGGUCCACUGCUCGCCAGAGGAGUCGAUCCAAAUCUGUUGAAAAAACAGCAGACAAAGAAUCUUCGCGGAGGUCUAGAAGCAGACGUUCCAGGUCUUCUCAGCAUAGAUCCCAGAGAUAUGAUACAGAAUCUCGCUCUAGACGUAAUCGCUCCAGAUCAGUAACACGGAGAAGAGCAUCAAGAUCAAAAUCUAACCGUCGUUCUCGGUCUAGCUCAUUGUCACGUUCAAGGCACAGAAGGAGGAGUAGGUCAAGGUCAGCAUCAAGAAGGCGGCGUUCUUUAUCAAGAGACAGGCGUAAGAGAUCUCAGAGAAAUAGAUCAAGAUCUACUGAUAGAAGAAGAAGAAGAUCAGAUUCAAGAGAUCGUAGAAUAUCCCUCAGAUUACGCAGCAGGAGUCGAACACCUAUUCGUCAAAGGCGAUCCAGGUCAAGAGGAAGAAGACGGAGCUCUAGUAGGUCACCAAUUCGACUACGGCGAUCAAGAUCUUCAGGGAGAAGAAGAUACAGCAGAUCGCCUGAUCGUCGUAGGUCAAGGUCAUCGGAACGAUUUUCAAGCAGGUCACCUAAACGUCUUACAGACUUGGACAAGGCUCAGCUACUUGAAAUAGCCAAAGCUAAUGCAGCCGCCAUGUGUGCUAAGUCUGGUGUUCCCUUACCACCAAGCCUGAUGCCUUUGUUAUCUCAAAAGAAAGACGACAAAGCCAGUCAGAAGUCAUCACGAGAUACACUAAAGGAGCUCACUGAGAAAUGCAAGAAAAUCGCUCAAAGCACAGAUGAUGUGAUAGUGAACAAACCUCAUGUUUCUGAUGAAGAGGAGGAAGAACGUCCGUUCUAUAAUCAUCCUUUUAAGCUCAGUGAACCCAAACCUAUUUUUUUCAAUUUAAGUACUCCCAGUAUAAAACCAGCACCACCACCACAACCGAAAAAUCAGGUCAGCCUGUCAAAGGAAUUUCCUGUUUCAUCUGGGUCUCAACAUAGGAAAAAAGAAGCAGAUAGUGUCUAUGGAGAAUGGGUUCCAGUUGAAAAAGGCAAAGAAGAAAGCAAGGAUGAUGUUUUCCCCAAACCAUCCAUUGAGGGCGUGGACAUAACUACAGCUAUGAAUGAUCGAGCAGUGGCUCAGAAAAGGCUUAAUGAAAACACAUUUGAUUUAGAGGCCAUGUGCAUGUUAAAUCGUGCACAGGAACAGAUUGACGCCUGGGCUCAAUCAAACUCCAUACCUGGCCAGUUCACAGGAAGUACUGGAGCACAGAUAUUGUCCUCAGAUGAGCUGACCAACAGUGGUCCCCAAGCAUGGAUUAGAAAGGAUCAGUUCUUAAGAGCAGCCCCUGUAACUGGAGGAAUGGGAGCUCAACUGAUGAGAAAAAUGGGCUGGAGAGAAGGAGAAGGGCUUGGAAAAAACAAAGAAGGCAGCGUUGAGCCUAUUAUGGUCGAUUUUAAGACAGAUCGAAAAGGGCUUGUUGCUGUGGGAGAGAAGGCACAAAAGAGAUCUGGACAUUAUGUUGUGAUGAAGGAUCUUUCAGGUAAACAUCCAGUUUCUGCAUUGAUGGAGAUCUGUAACAAAAGAAGAUGGUCACCACCUGAAUUUGUGUUGGUGGAUGAUAGUGGGCCUGAUCAUCGCAAACAUUUUAUCUUCAAGGUGAGAGUCAAUGGAAAUGAAUAUAGGCCUACUUUUGCCAGCCUUAAUAAGAAGCAUGCUAAAGCCACAGCAGCAACUGCGGCUCUCCAAGCGAUGGGACUUGUACCAAAGGAAAGCAUGGUUAAUACCACCAUGUUUAGGAGUGCCUCACACCGCUAGAUAUUGUUUUUUAUAUUGACAUUAUUUCAGAUAAUUUUACUCUGCACAAAAAUGGUAUUUGCCCUUUCAUGUUGUAAAUACAUUGGCAAUUCCCACGUUGUAAAAACUGUACAGACACCUUCAGGUUUUUCUUUUGUACCAUCCAAAUGUAUUUAAAUCAUACUUAGUUUUUGGUAUGUUUAUAUUGUUUACAUUAGUGAUGUAAUUAUUUCUUAAAUGACUAAAUCAGACGACAGACUCUGGAGGCAACAGUAAUCUAAACCCUUGUUUUAAAACUCAUGCAAUUUCUCUUCAAUACGGAAUGUUAACACUUUCAUACCGUUUUGUACUAUGCUGCAGUUUUCCCUGGUCUCGGUAAAGCUACUCGUGCGCUUUUGCCAACAGCUGGUAAAAGGUCGUGCGGCUUACCUUUAGUCUAGUCGAGGCUGGCGUGUACUGCUGGACAGAUACUGGGCCAGUACCGCGACCCCUGUGAGAGAGCAUGCGGCAGCAGCCCUGUUGUACGGUGUUAAUGCCGUGGCUUCUCUUUGAAUUUUGUUUGGGGGUUUAACUCGGUGGCGUGCUGCGCCUGGCCGUACAGCCCGUACUCUAGGACAGAGGCGAUUAGGCAAAAGACUUGCUUGCAGAAGGGAUGGCAGAAAGUCCAGCAAUGGAACCGACAAGACUCGCAAUGUAAAGGUGACUCUCCCUGCAUGUUCUACGAAGGGAGAUGAUGGAGUUGUCUAUUCCAAACAAAUUAACACACUGCCUGAUGUUGAUUGUAUGAAUUUGUGGUUAAUGUGAAUUUUAAACUCUUAACAGAUCUACAACUGGAUUCGGGGGGAGGGAGGGGAUAGAAUGAUGCUUAAAUUGUUGUACCCAACUUGGUCAAUAAAGCAGCACAAGUUCAUAAUCUUAAUCACUGGUCAGUAAACAGUAAUUGAAACAUAUGCCAAAACAAGUUUUGGAAGAAACGCACAGUAUAAAAGUAUGCUUUAUGAAGGUUAUCAACAGCUGGUAGGGUUGCAGAAUCGGUUCUAGUCAGUUUCGGUUGCUUUGCACUGUUACCAAAUUGCCUCCUGGGGCUUAAAUUUUCCAUAAUGGUACUCUGCCCUCAAGGAGGCAGCCUGAUCCAGAGUUCUGGCAGUUUGACAAGGGAGGGGAUAUAGACAGCUUUUCCUCCUUCUUUUUGUUGUUUGGGGUUUUUUUUUCCUUUUUAAUUUUAUUUAAGUAGUAUUAGUGCUUUAGCUAUGUGCACUUUGAAUUCGAAAGGGCAUUGUACACCUCUUGCCAGAUUUGUCUGAGUUAUGAGCAGAUUGCCAGGACUUAGGGACUCUAGUAGUUCAGGUGCUUAUUUCGGAAAAGUCUUUUUGAGGUCUCUUUGUAUGACAUCUACUGUCCAGAGCUUCAUCUGGGAGAGGAACAAAAGACAGUUUGCACACAGUAAGACUGUGCUCUGGCCUAAAGCGAGUUAUCUUUGCGAUGGGAGUAGGAACGUGGAGGUGAGGAAUUACUAGUACCGCUUCUUCCACAGAGUAAGGUGACUGUGUGUAUUCCGCCAGCUGUUACAGAACAAGGUGUCUGUCUUUGCCCUGAAAGGCCAUGGAUCAAUGUCUUGUGUACAGCAAAGAAAACGUAUUUGGUUCUCUACCACACACUUCCAAGAAAUAAAGCCCCUUAUUAGUCUGUCAAAGCGCUCUAGAAAUGCCUGCGUUAAUUUUCAUGGACAUAGUUGUCUUUUUAAUUAAAAACUUUUUUCCCUUUGGCUUCUCACCUUCAGUCUCUGGCUGAAUAUUUGAAGAUCUCCUUGCCUCAUUUGCUGAACUAGUCAGAAGGUGUGUCUAAAAACCAAAAGUAAACACGAUGGUACAGUGAUGGAAAGAUCUACUCUGGGAGAACUGGGUGUUGUAUCUGUCUUGGCUGAAGUCUGGCUUUUUGGUGUAUGACUUAAAGUAAUUAACUUGGGAUGUGGGAGCAGCUCCUAAUCAGACUUCCGUUUAAAUGUCUGAUUUGAUAGAGCUGAAACAUUGAAGAUGUUGAUCAUUCUGUUUAGUCUGUGGCCUCCAUGUAAGCACUGGUUUCACAGCUGUACAGUAUCAAAUCUGGGAACAUACAAUCUGUUGUACUUGUUGUCAUGUUCUUUUUUUUGGGUCUGUAUUCCUCAUGUAUAAUGUAAAGACACAUGUUAUCUCACAGCAGCAAGGAGCAGAUGAAUUCAGUCCCAUGGAGGACUUAAUUUAAAAAAUAACUGUAUAGGCAAGUUCUGGAUUUCAUGCCUUAAAAGACGUGGUACUGUAUGUGGAUUUAACCUUUGGUCUUACGGAAGAGUUAAAAAAAGAAAAUAAUUAAGGUCUGUAAUGCCCUAAUUAUGACACUUCUUGAUUUUGAGGUUUCUGUUUUAGUUUCAUUCCUUGUUGUUUAGAAUGAUAUAUGAAUCUAAAGCUAGAGCAGCAAUGUGCUUCUGUUAAAUUUGUAAAUUUGAAUUGGUUUGAGUGUCCUUUGCAUGGAGGAAUAGAUAAGUAGUGAUAUAUUAAAAAGAACAACUAGGAAA